ACUGGCCAUGAAUCCCCGGCUGCUCUCGCAUUUCCCGGACACCUCAAAUCAAUUUCUCGAACUGCACGAAGACGCAACCAAAAGCCAACUGCAAGCAGUGCAUGUGGAAGGAUGGCAUAAAACAAAAAUAAAAGCUCACAUCAUGCAUGAAUCCAGACAGUAUGAGUGACGCCCGGGCGGGUUGUGGUCCAGCUGCUGUGGCGUUGGUGCGGCGGAUGGGAAGUUGUGCGUCAAAGCCGGAGGACCUGCAACUUUUAGAGGACUUUCAAGUCCACCGAGUGUGCAAGUAACCAUCAGCACCAGUUUAGACUCCUUUGACUCAGGGAUUGUGCGUCUGGAGAGCUUUGACAGUAGUCCAGUAUUUUUUAUUUUUAUUUUUUAUUUUUAUUUAGGUUAUGUUUUGUCGAGGGCGUUUUGAAGCUGCAAGGAAAUGGCAUUUCUCUAAAGAAGAAGUCUCUCGUUUUGUGGGGUUGACAAUGGAGAGUAAAUGAGAGGGGACGUUUCCCGGGAUUAACUGACAGCACAACGACAGGAUGCGGGAGAGGGACCUACAGAGCAUGUGCAGAAGGGUGCUGCUGCUGACCGUCUGUUUGUUGUCUCUAUGGGGACAACUGACCAGCGCAUCGUCACACAGAAGCCACAUCGUUCAUGUGAAAGCGGGAACCUGCGAGGUAAUUGCUGCACACCGAUGCUGCAACAAGAACAAGAUCGAGGAGAGAUCCCAGACUGUCAAAUGCUCCUGCUUCCCUGGACAGGUGGCGGGAACAACAAGAGCUGCUCCAUCUUGUGUAGACGCAUCUAUAGUUGCACAGAAGUGGUGGUGCCAGAUGCAUCCCUGCAUGGAUGGGGAGGAGUGUAAAGUAUUGCCAGAUCUCAAAGGAUGGAGCUGCAGUACAGGAAACAAAGUUAAGACAACCAAGGUCACACGAUAGUCGUCUGUUUCCAGGAAAAGCCCGUUUGGAACCAGGCACUGUUUCUUUGGCCAGCGUUAUAGGACAUUUGGAUAUGAUGCAUUUUUAGAAGACUGGUGGAAACCAGGGACCAAAAGGGACAAUAAUCAUGGACAUUCCACUAAACAAAAGGAAAAAAAGGACCAGGGAGCUUCACAUGAAACUACAUAUCCAAAAAGAUUCCUGACUUUAGAUCCAGCAUCAACAGUAGCUGUCUCUGAACUCUACUGCCCACCAAAUCUCUCUUUGUAUUAUAGUUCUAUUCCUAUGGACUAGAAGACUCUAACAUGAAGAUAUUUAUGACUUAAAGACUGUGGAUUACACCAGAAAAAAAUUCACUCGUAAAACAAAACCGUGUGAUGUGAAACUUUUGUGUUAUUUUCUUGCUACAAAGAGCCCCAGGACUCUUAAUGCAUAUCUGUGUUGAAGAUCUAGUGAGAUCAUAAGCAUUUUCCUUUCAGCCUUAUGGAGCAGAUAUCUCUUCUAUUUCUUUUUCGUUUUGAUUCGAUAACUAUCAAGUGUUUGGCUUUCUUAAGUUUGGUAGGACUUUCCAAAACUUGAUGCAUCAGAAGCAGAUGCCACAACAAUAAAACACAGAAAAAAAACAAAAAACAUGUCAUGAUAUUUGAAGUCACCGAGAGUUAACACAGCUGAAUUCUGCCAAAAUGUUUUAAUGGUAUAUGUUGUUUUCGAAGCCUGGUGACUACCAUUGAUUACAAAUGUCAAUAUUAUCUCAAUAAAUCUAACUAAAUGGA